CCGGAGCCCGGGGCACGCCAUGGGCCGCCCCGAGCGGGGCGCGCUCCGGCCGCUGGCGCCGCUGCUGCUGCUGCUGCUGCUGCAGCUCCAACAUCUCGCGGCGGCGGCGGCGGAUCCACAGCGCGGCGGCCAAGGGCCGGUCAAAGAGUGCGAAGAGGACCAGUUCCGGUGCCGGAAUGAGCGCUGCAUCCCCUCCGUGUGGAGAUGCGACGAGGACGACGACUGCUCGGACAACAGCGACGAGGACGACUGCCGUGAGUGGCCGGCUGGGGAGGAAGGGAACGGGGCGGGGAGGGGGGCGCCGGCCACCUGCUUGGACAUCACUGCCGGGAAGCUACCCCGGCGCCGCCUUCCUCAGCGUUGGGUGGCUCUUAGCGAACCAGCGUUGAGCUGGGCAGCCAGCGUGUCCUCAUGGGAUUCGGGGCGGAGCCCAGGGCUGGUGUGGCCCGGGAGGAGGGCGCGCCGGGCCGGAACCGUGGGCAGGGACGCGGUCGUCCCUGCAAGUAUCUAGCUUCCUGCGUCUAGCCCUCCUGGACUCCUGCGUCGGCCCCACGGAACGCGCCGGUGUUUCAAAGUUCUAGGCAAUUCCGGGGCUCGCCUUGCUGGUUUUUUGUGAAUGAAUGGGCUCCCCGGGGCCCCUGAUUGGCCAGGCGAGGACCACCCCAUAGGCCCCCGUGGCCAGAGCGGCCAAUCGUGGAGCGCGCGGGUGUGCAGUUUUCAGGCGCCCGGGGCGCAAGGGCCCUGCCCUGGCCCCGCCCUGGCCACACCCCCGCCGGCAUCUCCUGGGAAGUAAGUGCCUCUGAGGCCCGGACGCAGGCUGUCUUCCUCGCUGCUUUUCUGCCUCGUCAUGGUGUAGGUUUUUUGUGCCAUCCUGGUGAGCGGACCACGCUCUCCUGCUAGCCCGGCGCGGGCAUGAGUCAUGCGGCCGACCAGGAAGGAGGGGGCCAGGAGAGUUUGCUUCCUGGAGAGGGCCGGGGAUUCCGAGACUGCACAGUGAGCCCUCAGUUGGUGACGGUGUGCACGUGGCAGGCCGCCUUUGCGGAGUGUGGUACUGCUUGUACACCCGGGCGCUAGAGCUUUGAAAGUUCUUUCUUAUGGUUUCAGAUGUUUGUGGGGCAGAAGUGAGUUAGCAGGUAGUUGCCGUGAAGGAGUGUAGCUCCAGGAACAGAAAAACAGGACUGUUGAGAAACAGACACAGGUGGUCAUACAUUCAUGGUUACUGAGUGCCUGCUUGCGCCAGCACUGGAGCACUUCGGAGAAGGGGCCCACCCCACAGGCCGGGGAGCCCCGCAGGGUGUGCAGGAGGGCAACAGGUGGACAGAUCCACACCACCACACAGUGGCAGGAGGGGUAGAGGGACACCUGGAUAGGCAUUGUUGAGUCCUUGAGGUUUCCUGUGGGCUUGCCAGUCGGCCUCCGGAUUCAUUCUCAGACGCAAUCCAGAGCUGGCUCUGUGUCUUGGGUGCAUCUUCCUCUCCUGUCUUCAUUUCCUCACCUGACCACUUGGGCUCAUGAUUCUUGGCCUGUUUUUGAGGACCAGUUCUAGUAAUGUAAUGGGAAGUCACGCGUCUAACACACGCCGUUUGUUGUGUGCCAGCCCCGCGGUGAGCGCUUAUCUGGCAUAAACUCCUCCACUCUUCUCAGCAGGCCUAUUUCCCAGGCUAAAGAAACUGAGGUGCUGAGAGAUUAAGUUACUUGCUCCAUAGUUACUGAGCUGCUAAGUAGGAGCUUGAAUUUAAUGCUUCAAGAAGCUCAAUCAUAACCUCACCAUUGAUUCUCCAGGACUAUUGAAAUGAUGAAAAUGGCGUGCUGGGGUGAAAUAUUAUAGCGAGUGUCACCCCCGGGAGUUGUUCUGUGGUCCCCUCACAGCAGGAGUGCCGAGGAUGGGGCAGGGAGAUAGAAACUGCGAUUCUGGGUUGGUUUUACCUUCUCUCCCUGGCUCUGCAGGACAAGUCUUGUGAGGGGUGUCUUGUCAUCCCCGUUUGUAGAUAGGGAUGCUGUCUCAGAGACGUUGGGUGAUUUGCCCAAGGUCACCCAGCUGAGAGUGACAGAACUUGGUCAGGAUGUCCUCCUGGCUUGGGUACUCUCUGCUGCAGUGGGGAGCAUAGCGCAGAAGGACCCGAGAGUGUGAUCCAGCAGCUGGAAAGCUAUGCUCUGCCUGUUGGGCCUGUUGCUUCUUGUCUCCAUGUGAGGCUCUGGGCGAGAUGGAGGAGUGAAGGAGUGGGUGUCCAGGUGACUCCAGAUGGGACCAGGGGAGGUCUCGUGGCCAAUCUGGGCUCCUGCUGUCCUUCUGAGGUAGAUGGGGUAGGGUCACAGGCACAGAGUUGGUGAAGGCUUGGAAGGGAAAGGGUGAGAGCUCUGGUUAGUACCAGUCCUACAUGGCUUAAUUUUUCUGAGCUUGUUUCCUCAUCUGCCAAAUGGGGCACCUGUUCCUCCAUCAUAGGUUAUAUGUGUGGAAUGUCUUCAGAGGUUGGCAAAGAGAAGGGAAUGGAUGAGCCCCUUAGAAAGGGACCCCAGGGGAAGCCUGGGUGGCACAGUCCGUUAAGCAUCUGCCUUCGGCUCAGGUCGUGAUCCAGGGUCCUGGGAUCGAGCCCCACAUUGGGCUCCCUGCUCAGCAGGGAGCCUGCUUCUCCUUCUACUGCUCCCCCUGCUUGUGCUCUCUCACUCUCUCUGUCAAAUAAAUAAAAUCUUAAAAAAAAAAAGGAAAAGAAAGGAACCCCAGGACCCACAAAGAGAAAUAUCGAAGGAUGCAGGUGGGGGCUUUGGGUGGCUAUGUUGGGCUACGUGUUUGAAAGUGGUCUUUCAUCAUCCCCUCCUUCCCCAUGUGGGGAGUUUCCCCCCUGCCCCCAUUCUGGGCUGCCUGCCCAAACUGCAUUUCCUUGAACUACCCUCCCCUCAAGUCUGUUGGCUCCUCCCUGAGCAGCCUCUCUGCCUUAUAUCUGAUCCCCUCCUUUGGCACUCCAACCCUUCUACCCCAUGAGAGAGCCUGAACCACCCCA